AUGUUGGGCACCGGGAACACCAGCAACGUGGUGGUGGCGAAGGGGUACGCCGUCAAGCGCUACCACGACCGCCGCGCCGGCGAGUCCCGCAAGCAGUUCCGCCUGCGGGUGGAGCUGGAGUACCUAUUGCUCAAACUGUUGGACCACCCUCACGUGGUGGCGGUGGCGAAAUUCACCACCAAUUGGCUUGGCGACACCCCUAAGAUGUACAUGGAGCUUGGGAAGCCCAAUUGGUGGCUUAAUUGUCAGAAUAAAGCCGAGGCGAUGGCGCAAAUCGUCAUGGCAGUGGUGUAUUUGCACCACCAAGGGAUCGCCCAUCGCGACUUGAAACUCGAUAAUACGGUGAUGGUGGGCGGUCUAGUGAAGCUUGUUGACUUUGCUGUGGCCACGAAAGCCGUGCCAGCGGUGGGAUUGGUCGGUCUGGCGCUGUAUGUGGCUCCGGAGCAGUAUACCCAGAUUUCCUAUUUGGGCGCCGCCUCCGACGUGUGGCUGGUGGCGAUGAUAUUUGUGAGGCUAUUUAAAGUGGCGCCGUGGUGGAAACUGGCCCAUAUCUCGGAUUUGGUGUAUCAGGAGUAUGCUGGUGGGGGAGCGCUUCCGGCGCCGGUACCGGAGUGGGUCGCACAGGCACUCACGAUCGACCCCGAGCAGAGGCCAUCUAUGGACACCAUCGCCCUGCUUGUCGACCCCCAUGCUAUCACCGACGCCCACUGA